UGGACACUUCAAACUGACGGGCCGCCUGCUUGGUGUCAGUUUGAAUUUUCACCUCGGUGGUCUGUAAGGAAAAAAAAGCUGCAUUGCCCUGUUAAAAGAGGAAACCACCAUAUUUUCAAAAUGAGCAAAUAUAAUCUUCCCUACCUAUUCAAAAGACAAUUUAUUGACCUGUUGGCAGUUUGUGAGCUGCCUCUGAAUGAACCCUGCAAUGCAAAUAAAACAAGGAUAGGAUGCACACUACAAGACUGCUGCUUCUUCAUGGAUGCCUGCUAUCAAAAGACUGUUCCAGGCCACAUAAUUGUGUUUUAUAGCUUGAUCGCUGUACUCAUAAUCUUAUUUUGGAUACUUCUAGGAUUUUGGUUUUACAAAUACAGAAAACAAAAGCAAAAGCUUGCUGAUAUUGAGAAUGAAAAUCGUCCAGAUGAAAUAGGCACUAGCAGUAAAACGCAGGAAAAAGGAAACCAGGCUGAAACCAGUCAUGUGAAAGAAUGCAGGGAUGAAACAGGUUGGGGAUGUAGAAAAUGAAGGCUUCAAAUAUAAAUUUUUGUAAUUCAGAAGAAAUGCCAAAAAUAUAUGUUCAAGAGAUGGAAGUCUAGAAAAUUGUAUUAUACUAUUUAUCAUAGUAAUUAUUAUAUUGUAUUUAUUUUAUAUUAGGUAUAUUUUAGAAA